AUGAACAGAACCAUCACAGGUCUCCUUAUCCUGGCACUGUGCCUCGCAGCCGGCCACGCCCUGCAGUGCUACAAGUGUGAUCUGGGUCUGGGGUCUCUGUGCCUCACCAGCAAAACCACAUGCCAGACUGGAGAGUUGUGCUUCAAUGGGAAAGGAACUGCAGCUGGUGUGAUUAAGUUUACUCAGAAGGGCUGCCUGGCCGUGGCCGACUGCAACAAGACCUCCAACGUUAACAUCCAGGGGAGCAACGACACUAUCACCUAUGAAAUAAAUAAGACCUGCUGCGCCACCGAUCUGUGCAACACUGACACACUCAAACCCUUCACCAACACACUCACCGAUACUCUCUCACUCCUCACCAACACACACACACCCCUCACCAACACACUCACACUCACCAUCGGCUCACUGGUCUCGCUCCUGCUCGCCAAGAUGCUGAUGUAA